CAGGAACAGGAUCACCACAGUGGGAUGGAUGAGCGCCAUAUUGCGCCUGGCUGAACAGAGGGAGGGGAAAUCUGCGGCUGAGAAUUCCGGACAGUCAUCUCAUCUCCAAACCUCCUCGGCUCCGGAAGGCACACGGAGCACUCGUCUCUCUGUUGGACACACUUUUUUUAUUAAAUUAAAUUUCUCAGCUCCUCGCACAGAGCAAGGAAAAGGACGGAAAAAUGCCCAAAGCGGUCAAUGUUCGCGUCACCACCAUGGACGCUGAGCUGGAGUUUGCCAUCCAGCCCAGCACCACUGGCAAGCAGCUGUUUGACCAGGUGGUGAAAACAAUCGGCUUACGUGAGGUCUGGUACUUUGGCCUUCAGUAUAUGGACGGCAAAGGUUACUACACUUGGCUAAAACUGGACAAAAAGGUGUCGUCCCAGGACGUGAAGAAGGAGAACCCGCUGCAGUUUAAGUUCAGGGCCAAGUUCUUCCCAGAGGAUGUGUCCGAGGAGCUGAUCCAGGACAUCACCCAGAAGCUUUUCUUCCUGCAGGUGAAGGAAAGCAUCCAGAGCGAUGAGGUUUACUGUCCACCAGAAACAGCCGUGCUGCUGGCCUCCUACUCUGUUCAGGCUAAGUUCGGAGACUACAACAAAGAAGUCCACCAGCCAGGAUACCUGCAGUCUGAACGCCUGCUGCCACACAGAGUCCUGGAGCAGCAUAAGUUAUCCAGAGAGCAGUGGGAGGAGAGGAUUCAGGUGUGGCACGAGGAGCACCGAUUGAUGUUGAAGGAGGACGCUAUGCUGGAGUACCUGAAGAUCGCCCAGGACUUGGAAAUGUACGGAAUCAGCUACUUUGAUAUCAAGAACAAGAAGGGAACUGAGCUGUGGCUGGGAGUGGACGCCCUGGGACUCAACAUCUAUGAGAAGGAUGACAAAUUGACCCCAAAGAUUGGCUUCCCCUGGAGUGAAAUCAGAAACAUCUCCUUCAACGAUAAGAAGUUCAUCAUCAAGCCCAUCGACAAAAAAUCUCCGGACUUUGUGUUUUAUGCACCGAGACUGCGCAUAAACAAACGCAUCCUGCAACUAUGCAUGGGCAACCACGAGCUGUACAUGCGCCGCCGCAAGCCCGACACGAUCGAGGUGCAGCAGAUGAAGGCCCAGGCCCGAGACGAGAAGCAGAUGAAACAGUGUCAGAGGAGAACCCUGGAGCAGGAGAAGAAGAAGAGGGAGAGCAUGGAGAGAGAGAAGGAGCAGAUGGAGCAGGAGAAGCAGGAUCUGAUGAUGAGGCUCUACCAGUUUGAGGAGAAGACCAAGAAGGCAGAGAAAGACCUACAAGAACAGCUCCAGAGAGCCAUGACGCUGGAGCAGGAGCGGAGGAGAGCCGAAGAGGAAGCAGCUCGUCUGGAGGCCGAGCGUCAGGCUGCCCUGCUGGCUAAAGAGGAGCUGGCCUGCCAAGCUGAGGCCCAGAAGAAGAGUCAGGAGCAGCUGGCUGCAGAGCUGGCAGAGCACACAGCCAAGAUCGCCCUGCUGGAGGAGGCCAAGAAAUGCAAGGAGGAGGAGGCCGACACAUGGCAGCUCAGGGCCAGGGAGGCCCAGGACGAUCUGAUUAAGACCAAGGAGGAGCUGCAUAUGGUGAUGACGGUGCCCCCGCCACCUCCUCCUCCCCCCAUGUACGACCACGUGGACGACAACAGCGACAGCGAGGAGAACACCAGCACGCACAGCGCCGACCUGCAGAAUGAGGGCAUCAACGACCACCGCAACGAGGAGGAUCGCUUGACCGAGGCCGAGAAGAACGAACGUGUCCAGAAGCAGCUGAAGGCCCUGACCUCAGAGCUGGCUCAGGCACGUGAUGAAUCCAAGAACACCCAGAACGACCUUCUUCACAGCGAGAACGUCAGGGCCGGCCGAGACAAAUACAAGACCCUGCGACAGAUCAGGCAGGGCAACACCAAGCAGAGGAUCGACGAGUUCGAGGCCUUAUAAAGAAGCCUUCGACCACUCACCCUUUCUGAAUGGUCACUACAUCUCGGCUGACACACAUGGACACACACAAACAUGCACAAAGUCAUGUAUGACACACAACAGUUGCAGACGAAACUGGAGCAGUAUAAGCGUCACAUACAGAGAGACACGCUCCUGUUGAGAGCGUGCAGGGCUUUGCAAAUCCUUGGAAGAAAACUUAGUGCCAAAACCUUUUCUCUUCUUAGUGUUUCAGAUCUUAUUUGUGUAUUUGAUUGUGUACUUUGAUUGAACUCAGACCAAAUCAUUACUGUUUAUAUCCAGAGGUGUGAUGAAGUAGUGGGACUAGCCAAUUUUAUCAUAAUUUCACGAUGUGCACGUGUAAUAUGUAAUCAAAGCCUCGCUUCUUUUUGAUGUCUGUCGUUUGUCACGUAGGAAGAAAAGGACAGCUUGUCGUUCAUAGCGGCCACUCAGAAAGGGGGGAAACAGUAUAAGCAGGAAAAUGUACGUUUUGUUUUUGUUUUCCAUUAUAUUUGAACACUUCUAUGUAUGUUUAAUAUCUCUCAUACAGUAGUUUAAGAUCACGCCUAGUGUGAUAUUGAUACUGUAUAUGGGACAUUGAAAAGGGUAUUUCAUCUUGGUUUGUAUAUUUUUGCUAUCUACUAAUGAUAAUGAGAACAUUUAAUGUGUUUCAAAGGUUUUAUAUAUUCGCCAAAAUAUUAGCAGUCUCAUGUUCCAUACGUUUUACCUUUAGAUCACUAAAUUAAAGAGAUUUAACUGUAAAUUAUUAUUAUUUUUUAUUGUAGGAAAUAUCCAGCUGCAUGCCAUGAAAUCAGUUAAUGAGAUUGCUAUCUAUCUAGGUACUUUUUUUGCCGUGCAGUUCACAGCAUGUCGAGAAGAGUCUUUAUCCUCAGAGCUCUGUGUCGACUGGGACUCUUUAGGUUUUUUAAUAUAUUUUAUGUCUCUGUUCUGUGUCAUGUCGCUGUUGAGUGAGAGAUGAGCGUGUGUUGAGUGCUUUUACCCUCCUAAGUGGCCUUUCUCUCUGGCUGUCCCUCUGCAGGGAUCAGUCUCAGACAGUUGGUCUUCACUUUGUAGCCAAGGUGCUUAGCCACAAAAAAAAAGCUUUUAGUUGUUUUAGUUUUAAACCUAAUGAGGGUUGAGGUGCACGUUUUCAUUUUGCAGCUUGGUCGCAAUGGACAGACUCAGACAGCACAAUGCCUCACUCCUCUCUCUGGACACGGACUAGAGUAGCAUCUACUGACACUGUAAUGGAAACACUCAGCUCUGCUGGCCUUUGUAUAUGAACAGGAUUUUAUAAUGAGGUGUUCAACAUAUUGGCAAUAAAGAAAAAUCUAUGAUUACA